ACUGGCCAGGUGGUGACGUCAUAUGUCGGGCGGUUCCGAAUGCUAUCCCGACAGAAGGGGUGUGGUCAUGCAAACCAGUGGGGAGGGCUCGUCUCAGCGAACUGAAGGAGGGAACCUGCUGAUGCCGCUGCUGCCUGUACCACUGGCAGUGCUCUGGCUGUAGCCAAUAUAUUCCUGAGGAGGACUUAUCUCCAAGCAAGGAGCCCGCAUCUCAGAGGAUUUACACUCAUUUACCUCCACUUGUCAUUUAUUUCUUCUACUGUUUUAUUAUUAUUUUUAUUUUUUUCUUGUGGCAAAAGCAAAACUACAGGGACCUGGGAGUGUACAGUAUAUGCCAGAGACAUGCGUUCAGUAAGGAAGAGGUGGACUAUCUGCACAAUAAGCAUCCUCCUCAUCUUUUACAAAACGAAAGAGAUUGCAAGGACUGAUGAGCACCAGGAUCCGCAACUCAAUGGAGAUGGUGAUCUUUCACUGAGUAGACUGAUGGUUAACAGCUCCGAUAAAAUCCUCAGAAAAGAAGGAUCAUCUGUCUUUAGUCAUUCUGGAGCAGGCUGGAAGAUCAAUUCUUCACUGGCUUUGGAGAUAAGAAAAGAUAUUCUCCGAUUUCUGGAUGCAGAAAGAGACGUGUCUGUAGUUAAAAGCAGUUUCAAGCCGGGAGAUGUAAUUCAUUAUGUGCUGGAUAGACGCCGCACUCUAAAUAUAUCACAGAAUCUGCACAGCCUUUUGCCUGAAGUAUCACCGAUGAAGAGCCGCCGGUUUCAGACCUGUGCAGUCGUGGGUAAUUCUGGGAUUCUCCUCAACAGUGGAUGUGGCAAGGAGAUAGACAGCCAUGACUUUGUAAUAAGAUGCAACUUGGCUCCAGUAGUUGAGUUCGCCGCUGAUGUGGGAACCAAGUCGGAUUUUAUCACCAUGAACCCAUCUGUAGUACAAAGAGCGUUCGGAGGCUUUCGGAAUGAGAGCGAUCGGGAAAAGUUUGUCCAUAGACUGUCCAUGCUUAAUGACAGCGUUCUUUGGAUUCCGGCUUUUAUGGUCAAAGGUGGAGAGAAGCACGUUGAAUGGGUUAAUGCAUUAAUUCUUAAGAACAAACUAAGAGUUCGAACUGCUUAUCCAUCGCUGAGGCUCAUUCACGCUGUCAGAGGGUACUGGUUAACGAACAAAGUUCAAAUCAAGAGACCGAGCACUGGCCUUCUGAUGUAUACGCUGGCAACACGGUUUUGUGAUGAAAUUCAUCUGUAUGGAUUUUGGCCUUUCCCCAAGGAUAGGUUUGGGAACCUAGUAAAAUAUCAUUAUUACGAUGAGCUGAAAUAUAAAUAUUUUUCAAACGCUGGGCCGCACCGGAUGCCACUGGAGUUCAAAACACUGAAUUUUUUACAUAACAAAGGGGCACUUAAACUGACAACUGGAGCCUGUGAACAGCAAUAAUGUUUAUUGGAGUGCAAUCCACAAAGCAUCUCACUGGAGAUAUUUAUUCAAUACCUUUGGAGCUGUGCUCUUUUUAAAGGAUGAUACAACGGUGGUGGAAACCAUAGAAAAACAAUCUUGAAGCUUGAUUUCUGUAACCAGUUGGCCUGUUAGUCGCAAGGUGCUAUAAACAAAGUUACUGUAAGAAGCUCACAGUGCCGGUAUUGUGUAUAGAAGACAAGAAUGUUUAACUAGUGUUUACAAGACCUAAAAAUCCAAUCACACGGAUUGGGAAGAAUGACAGUGAGUCUGUGGUUUUGGAUCAAGGCUACGAAGUGAUUGGUGGUGUUUAAAGAACUUUUGGCACCUAGUUUACAUUCACAUUUAUAAACUUGUUUUCAUGUGGAUUCAUUUAAUGCAGUAGAUCCCAUCGUUUUGAUUGCUCUUGUAUUAUAAAUUUUUUAAUUUUUCUAAACAUUUUUGUAGAUUAGAAAACAAAUGAAUGUUGUGAAAGGAAUAGACAAUAUCAUUUUGAUAUAGAUUCUAUAGCAUGGAGGUUAUUACACACAAACCCUUUUGUCCGUAAUUUUACUGACAUUUACAGUAUAUACACCACUGAGAACUUCUGAUUUGGAGAAACUGGCAGUAAAUGUAGAUUAUUGGGGCGGGGCUUAUUUCACAAAAUGAAUGUUGGCGUUUGUAGUGACAACUGUGGGAUGGCACCGGUAAUCUCAUGAUAAACUCAACCCACUUGAUUUGAUUUAAGGUGGACCCAAACUCGACAUAUAGUAGUGUACAGUGGAGGCAUCCAAAUUCUUGGAUAAACCAAUAAUCCACCAAUACUUAUAAAUACUCAUCCUAUGUGUUCACUAGGAACUAAUGACAUCUGUGAACAGUGAUGGAUAUUGUGCCUCAUUACUAAUUCUAGUAGACUAUAUAUGGGUUUAGCCUAUAAAGGGCGGUGUCCUAUUAGCCCCAGUGCGAUUUUGGCAGAUCAAAACAGCAGAUAUUGUGAUUUUAGCAGAUGUUAAUUACCACAGUAUCCGAUUAGAGGCCGUUUUGAUCAGACGAAAUUGGACCAGCGAUUGCACGAAAACACAUGUUCCCAAUCCCAUGUGUUAUUGCGGAUCUGGCAGCCCCUUAUCGUGGAUUAUAAUCCCCGAUAAGUGCCGGCAUCGGGGGGAAAAGGAUGCCGACAUCGGGUCUGAUAGGAUAGCCCCUGGCGAUCCUAUUAGCAGUUGUAAAGUACCGCUGCUAAUAGGAUACCACCCAAAAUACCUGUUUCCAGUGUGUGUAAGUACAGGCCAUUUUAAUGCUGAGUUCCUCACAACUAAAGUUUUGAAUCUUAAUUGUACAUUUCAGUAUUAGAUUGCAAGGCUUCGCUAGGAUACUGAAGGAGUGCACUGGGGAAAAAUGAAGCAUUCCAAAACCACUUGAAGCCAUUAUUAAGUCCGUAGUACAGUCUAAGCCUCAGAGCCACCAUAUGUCUACUGUAGAGAGGCAAAGAUACAGUAUGUGUAUGUAAUUUUGUGAUUUAAGAAAGUUUUUGUUACUCAACAGAGGUGCCCUUAAUUAUGGUACCAAAGAUUUCAGUGAUUUUAUAUAAAUACUUCUUUUUGAUUUUAUUUUUUUUAUAAAUAAAACGAAUGUCCAUUUAAUACUGCAAAGCUGCGCUGCUGAAAAAAUGUAUUUGAUUUAUGUGUAUUAUGCUAUAUUAUUUAAUUGAUUUUAUUGAAAAGCCUCAUAUUUUCAGAUUUGGUUUAAAAGCUUUUAUGGAGGGACAGUUUAUGUUUGUUACUGUCUCAGUGUGUCCUUUCCACUAUUACAGCAUUCAAUGUAUCUUUAAUUUACAUUUCUUUGUUAUGCGUCAAAAUGAAAUUGUGUCUGAUAGAAUUGUGUCAAAAUGAAACUCUGUAUGGUAUUGAUAUUAGCCUUUUUUUUAAUUUUUUUAUUUUACGUUAAAUAUGAAAAAGUCAUAAGGUCAGUGAGAGAGUUUGAAAAAGAAGCUACCAAAAACUAUGAAGCCUUGUAAAUACGUCAGGCCAGCCUCUUCAUGCUUUAAUUCUCAUUGUUAAACUUUUUGCACUAUGUAAGGCUACCAUAGUCUAACCUGAAACAUUUGCUGUACAUAUGUAACCUCUGUUUGCUUGGGUGUGUUGCAGUAGUAUAUUCCAUAGGAGCCAGCUGUGUAAGUGCUCGAGCACCAUUGGCGUGUUUGAAAUGGGUGCAUGGUGUGCGGUACAGCUGGCCUCUGUUUCGAGAGGGGCCCUGCACCGCACACCCUAUACUGAGAGUAUACUUGUGUUGGCAAGUGAGGGACCCACUUGCCAACACAAGUAUACUUUCAGUGCCAUCUUCUCAGUUACGUCUUCAGGAAGAUGGCGAUGCACAGUGAAGGCUAAGACUCUUGCACUGUAUCUUUGUUUUUCUUGUGUGCAAGUAACAUCUUCCUGAAUAUCACUGGGAAGAUGGCACAGCGGAGGAGUAGGGAUCCGCUUGUUGCCAAAAGGUAGUAUGUGGAGGGGAUUGGUUAGCCCGCUGCCCAUAGAAGUGGGCAUUAAUACGCCCCUGUUGACCACCCCUCUCUAUUUGUGCUGCCCACAGUCUUGUCUAUGCAUCGCAUUUAUGAGUCAUGAUGGAUGUAACGUGAGCAACCCCUAUCUUGGGAAUAAUUUGUCUCCCAUUAUGUGUUGUGUACAAAUACUGCUUGGUACUGCCUUUAGAUUCACCACUCAGCUGUAGCUCAGUCUUUGCCACCUCACAAUAUUGUGUGUCAAAUGCAGCUAACAGGCAUUCCUGCAGAUGUACUCACAGAGGUAGUGCAGUGCAGCAGGUAUAUAGAGCCUACUGCCAGCUAAUGACAAGAAUGGGGCCAGGUCAUCUAUGAAUAAGUAAACUAUAUUGAUUUGUUUAUUUGCGGUCAUCAUUAUUUUACAAAUACAUGACAUACAAAUCAUGCAGUUCACCACAUUAUUGGUGAAGAAUUACUCAUUUAAUUACAUCGCUUUGCAGAUUCAAUCAUGCGUAGAUCUGUUACUCUUAUUCUACUUUUAUCUUUAUGCACAUUAGUUCUAAGGUAAUUAAUUCUUCUUCCCUUAACUUUAAUUGUUUGGCUGCAUGGAUUGCUAGCUGAUACAUAAUGGGCCUUAUUUAGAGUUGCACACAGGAGCAGUUGCAUUAGGCAAAGAUGCAUCUUUGUGUGAAAUUGAGCACUGUGUAUGCAUACCUCCCAAAAGCAGGAGAUGGUAUGGAGGGACUCCCUGACGCGGCGAAGCGUGACCUAUAGAAAAGGGUGGGUGGCUUCCCAGAUGUGCUGCAAUCGCGAGCUACACCCCUGUUGUCCAUCACUAUGGGGACAUGGCCAGCGCUCUGUGAGCUGCUGGCAUGCCCCCAGUCCUCUGUCUCUAUUCACCGCUGCUAGGCAGAGCAGUGACUGACAGGAGCCUCCCAACUGCCCCUCCCCCCACCGCCGGACACUAAGUCCCACGGGUGGGACAGUCCCAAAAAAAAGGGACUGUCCCACGAAAAUCGGGACAAUUGGGAGGUAUGGUGUAGGCGUAGAACUUGUGUCUUCACUGUUGUACAGAUGUGAAACAUUUGCUUCCUAGAACAAGUGGGAUAAGGUUUGUAACAAUGUUCAUUCAGUAAUACACUGGUGGACGAUCUCCAAGC